AUGACAGAAAUUGGGUUACAGGACAAGGAAUCAAACGUGUUUUACAACUACAAGCUCUGUAAACUGCCGUGUAAAGAAGGCUUUAAUCUCAGUGUGGACGGAUUGAUGUGUGUGGAUGUUGAUGAGUGUUUGUAUUAUACGUGCGAACAGAUCUGUAUUAAUGUUGUUGGUACUUACAGCUGUGAAUGUGAGGUCGGCUACAUGUUGAUGUCCGAUAAAAAAUCAUGUGGGGACAUAGACGAGUGUCAGGAUCACAAGGACAACUGCUCACAGUUAUGUAAGAACACUGUAGGUGGUUACACCUGUAGCUGCCAUCAAGGUUAUGAGUUACACAACGACAGCAGAUUUCUCUGUGUGGAUAUGGACGAAUGUAAACAAAACUUACACACCUGUGAAAAUACCUGUGUCAACACAUUAGGUUCUUACACCUGUACCUGCCCAUUAGGUUACCAACUUGACCAAGAUGGUAGCUCCUGUGUCAAGACCAGAUCACAACCAUCUUGUCCCUGCUCCUGUAGGACUCAGACCAGAAUCAACAUGUCCAGUACUCUAAAGGCCGUUCAGAAAGAAAUUGACCAGAUCAAAAAGAGCUUGACCGUUGAGACUCACGACCUGUCGUCCUACAUACGGAGCAAGACUUCCGCUACAGACGACAGAAUGACGUCAAAGACAGUCGGUUUAUUUGGCGCCAUUUUGUUCGGGAUCACCAUGGGAGUUGUAGUAGUUCCUGACGUCAUCACACUCAUAAAGUUCCUGCUCUCAAAGCUGAGGCCUGUCUUUAGAAAAAACGUCGUCAAUGCUCAGUUAACACCAUCACAGUUGAGGCACAAUGGCUAUAGACAAACCAGCAACCAGAUGAAGGAGAAAUCAUCCAGAGAAAAUUGA